GGACAACUGACUUGCCUGCGCCUUCCGCAGGUUGGUGGGCUUUUCAGAGGUCUCGCUCCGGGCUGUAUCCCACCGAAGACAGAGUGCAAGUGGAGUAAGCGAAAGGGGGAAAUAAAAGAAGAAGAACCGACAGAAAAUCUUCAACACUUCGAGUCAUAGUAGUUCAGUAAAACCCUACUCAACUAGAGAACAAGGAGCACGAUUGCCACUAAUAGCAUUUGCAAAAUUGGGCUUGAACGUUUGAGCAGCUCCCAUAAG